AUGUCGCCAUGGAAUUAUUCAAACUCUUACAGAAAUGAGGUGCAGUGGAGAGCUUACACACUGGCAACAAUUAAUAAACUAAUUGAUGUGUUUGGCGACCACCUUGGCAUUGGUAGCAACAUCAGAUGUAGUCUCAGGAAAAUGAAAGCUGCUAAUUAUCAUCUUAUCCUUGCCAUCAACACAUUUCAUGGCCAUGCGCACAAUCACAAGUGCCAGCUGCAACAUCACCCUCUUUACCUUCGUGGAUUUGGGCUCAAGGACUUGGAAACAUGUGAGCAUGUCUUUGCAACCUCUAACGCUGCAGCACCACUUAUACAUCAUGCUUCACAUUUCCAUUACGUUCAGUUCCUGGAGCUUCAUUUUGACCAGUGGGAUAUUGAUAAGUACCUUGAACUCAGCCGGUUUAUUCUGAAUAAUUACAAGCAAGCGCUAACUAUGAUUUCCAACUACACUAAGGAACUCAAAGCUUAUUGUGCAACAUUCCCUGGGAAGGAACUUGAUUUUGAAAUUUGGAUUGCGGAAGAAUUCACUUAUCUGGAGGCUGUGGCCAUAGAGCCUGCGCAGGAUGCUACUGCAGUUGAGUAUUGUUACGACUGGGAUAGUUCUGCUGUCGAGGAUCAAAGAUAG